AUGGACAGAUCAACUGGCCGUAGUGGUGGUGGAAGUGUGGACAUGUUUCUACCAAAUUACAAGAUGGGGAAAACACUUGGCAUUGGGUCCUUUGGCAAGGUGAAAAUUGCAGAGCAUGUACUGACUGGUCAUAAAGUUGCAAUAAAGAUCCUUAACCGCCACAAGAUAAGAAACAUGGAAAUGGAAGAAAAAGUUAGAAGGGAAAUCAAAAUUUUAAGAUUGUUUAUGCAUCAUCACAUAAUACGACUUUAUGAGGUCAUAGAAACCCCGACAGACAUAUAUGUUGUUAUGGAGUAUGUGAAGUCUGGAGAGCUCUUCGAUUACAUAGUAGAGAAAGGUCGGUUGCAAGAGGAUGAAGCCCGCCAUUUUUUUCAGCAGAUAAUUUCUGGUGUGGAGUACUGUCACAGGAAUAUGGUGGUUCAUAGAGACCUGAAGCCUGAGAAUUUACUUUUGGACUCCAAAUUUAAUAUAAAGAUUGCUGAUUUUGGCUUGAGCAACAUCAUGCGUGAUGGGCACUUUCUUAAGACAAGUUGUGGAAGUCCUAACUAUGCGGCUCCAGAGGUUAUCUCUGGGAAAUUGUAUGCUGGACCUGAAGUAGAUGUCUGGAGCUGUGGUGUAAUUUUAUAUGCUCUUCUCUGUGGCACUCUUCCUUUUGAUGAUGAAAACAUUCCCAAUCUCUUCAAAAAAAUAAAGGGUGGGAUAUACACUCUUCCUAGUCAUCUAUCACCUGGUGCUAGAGAUUUGAUACCCAGGAUGCUUGUGGUGGAUCCCAUGAAGAGAAUGACUAUACCUGAGAUACGUCAACACCCAUGGUUCCAAGUUCGUCUGCCACGUUAUUUAGCAGUGCCACCGCCAGAUACACUGCAACAAGCCAAAAAGAUUGACGAGGAGAUUCUUCAGGAAGUGAUAAAUAUGGGAUUUGACAGGAAUCAAUUGGUUGAAUCUCUUGCGAACAGGAUACAAAAUGAGGGUACUGUAACAUACUAUUUGUUAUUGGACAACCGGUUCCGUGUGUCUAGUGGUUAUCUUGGAGCUGAAUUUCAAGAGACGAUGGAUUCUGGUUUCAACCGUAUCCAUUCCAGUGAAGUUGCUUCUCCAGUUGUUGGACACCACAGCACAGGGUAUAUGGAUUAUCAGGGAGUAGGAAUGCGGCAACAGUUCCCUGCUGAGAGAAAAUGGGCCCUUGGGCUUCAGUCUCGAGCCCAGCCACGUGAAAUAAUGACCGAGGUCCUUAAAGCUCUGCAAGAAUUAAAUGUUUGUUGGAAGAAGAUUGGACACUAUAACAUGAAGUGCAGAUGGGUUGCUAGCAUUCCUGGUCAACAUGAAGGAAUGAUUAACAAUUCUGUGCAUAGUAAUCAUUACUUUGCAAAUGAUUCCAGCAUUAUUGAAGAUGAGGCUGUUUCUAAGUCAAAUGUGGUCAAGUUCGAAGUGCAGCUUUACAAAACUCGUGAUGAGAAGUAUCUACUUGAUCUUCAAAGGGUCCAGGGCCCCCAGUUUCUUUUCUUGGAUCUUUGUGCUGCUUUCCUUUCACAGCUUCGUGUUCUCUAG